AGGAGUGAUCAACCUGAGAGUUUAAACAAACCAGAGAGCCGGCAGCGUAGAGCAGAGCUCUCUCACACACACUCUCUCACACACGUACUCAUACAGCUGUUCAGUGCUGAGAGAACUCAAGUGAGCUACACUGGAGAACAGAGCUGAGGACAUGACCUACGACUUAGACUUUGAUGGCUCUUUUGACAGUUUGACAGUGACUGCUCACAAGCUAAAGGUCCAGUCGUGUCCCUUUUCUGCUUUAGGACAGAAGACAGUGAGACAUCUGUACCUGAAAAGCAGAGCUUACUGAAGGAGGAGCAACUUGGGACAUCCUUGAACGGAGUGGGGAUAAAACACACCAGACCUUUGCCCCCCUGCAAACUUUCACCUCCCAACCCUUGUCUGUCAGUCCCCACCCCCUCCAGCACACUGACUGAAGCUACACAUUCUCCAGUGUCCAGAGGAUCUCACUUAUAGACUAAUAGACUGAGAGGCUGUCGUGCCCGUCCCCAGAGGGUGACCAGUGGUGAGAGCAGUACCGAUGGAAGCCCCAGCCCUCGCUGAGAUGGGAGACUUGUGUCACCCCCGGUCUGCCUCUCCAGAGGGGGAAACCGUAUGUGCAGCUCUAGCCCGAUAUGAGAACACCCUCCAGGAUGCUAUCAGGGAGAUCCACAUGGAUGUCAGUGCUUUUAAGCUGGGCAUGGAGCGUCGUCUGGAGGAGACAGCCAACCUGAGUGGGCCUCUCGGACGAGUGGUGGCUCAGCUCCAGCAGGAGAACCAGCAGCUCAGGAGUCAGCUGGAAGCUCUUACCCAACAAGUGGAGCUCCUGAGAGUGAUGUCGUGUGACAGAAGCACCUGGAUGAACAGCAACCACGGUCACAGUCAGAAUCACAAGAAUCACCUUAGUGACAUUCAGGAGAACCACCAGGAGAUAAAAGAGGUGGUCUACGGGAAGGGUCAGGCUCACACUCAGAGCCAGGCUCACCUCCACAUCCAGCCCUGCACCCUGGGGAGCCAAGCCCAAACCUACAGCAGCCUCAGCAGUCAGUCAAGUCCUGCUUCCCCGCCUGCCACCUUCUCAUCCUCCCCCAGUUCCAGCAGUCCUCCUGCUGGCUCUAGAGUUUCCUCCAUGGUGACAGGCCCAGUGUCCAGCAGCAGCCCCUCAACCACCCGCUUCUCCAGCCGAGCCACAUUUGCUGUGUCCAGCAAGACUAAUAGCAUUGAGCGAGAAGAGCCAAUAGAGGUGGACCCCACCCCAACACAUGCUGGGCUGGAGAAUGGUCAUGCUGCUGCAACAGAACAUUCACUGUUGGUGCACGGAAAGAUCUCUCCGCCCAGUGACUUCCUACAUGAGCACACAGCUCCUGUCACCAUGCGGAUGCCCCACCUUCCCAUCACCGCUAUGACCAAGACAGCAGACAUUAGGGGCUCUCCUGACUCUCCCAGCAGCCCUGUUGGUUCUCGGUCCUCCCCUGUCUCUGAGGCCUCACCUCCUGCUCAAUCAACCACCACAAACCAGCCCCAACCAAUAGACGAGUCUCCUGUCCAAUCAGUAUCUUCUGUGAAGACAUGGACCCCUACACCUAUCAGAGCCCUGGGAUCCCACAGCCUUCAGGAGAAGGCAAAUUCAGCCCCUGCUAAGUCUGUGACCUACUCAGGGCUACAACAGCAUGAUAGAGAUGGUGAUAUCAACAGUGACAAGUCCUUUGGGCAGACAGGAGAGAGGAGGCGGGAACUUGUGAGGUCACAGACUCUGCCUCGUAAUAUUGGUGCUCAGGCUCGUCGAUCUAUCUUUGAAAGACUGGACUCUGAAGCAAGUAACAGCCGUCCCAAACCAGUGGACUCUAAACCCAAACUGAAGCGUUCUCAGAGUUUUGGGGUGUCCACCGCCAGCAGCAUCAAACAGAUCCUUCUUGAGUGGUGCCGCUCCAAGACUGUAGGCUACCAGAACAUUGACAUCCAGAACUUCUCGUCCAGUUGGAGUGAUGGGAUGGCUUUUUGCGCUCUGGUGCACUCCUUCUUCCCCACUGAGUUUGACUACACCUCUCUGUUGCCCGCCAACCGCAAACACAACUUUGAGCUGGCCUUUGGAACUGCAGAAGUGAAGGCAGGCUGUGAUCGGCUGAUUGAGGUGGACGAUAUGAUGAUCAUGGGUCGUAAACCAGACCCCAUGUGUGUUUUCACCUACGUCCAGUCCCUGUACAACCACCUGCGCAAGUUUGAGUGAAGCUCAAACAUCAGGGAUCUGAUUUUCUCCACAGUUCUCCUUUUAACGUUAAACUUUUUUCAGCCUCCUCUUUGGCUGUCAGGUGUUCAUCAACUGUAGGGUCUUUACUCUCUAUACCCAACUUUGAGCUCAGUGGGGACUCAGAGCAGGGUUGAUAGCACUUUGAAAAGACUAUGCUGCUCCCUGGUGGUGGAUUAGUGAACAUUCUUCCGAAAUCUGGAGGGUGCUCACAGCUUGGACAUUGUCUCACUGGGAGAAGACUGUGUCUGUGAGUGUACAGUCCCAUGCUGUUAUAACAGGUCAGGGCUGGUUUGUCAACAGUAGUCGUUUUCUUUUUUUUUUUUUUAAUGUGUGCUUGUGUGUGUAUGUAGUCUUGUAGUUGACAUAUAUUGGACAAAGAGUUGAAAUAUGUGUGUUGUGUUGUGUAAAUCUUUAUCGUCACAAACUUAUUGUCAAAAUUAGCCUUUAACAUUGCACCAAAGAAUGGAUGUAUGUUUCACAAAUGUCACUGAAAAACUAAAAUUGUUUGUGAUAGAUGCUUGGUUAUGAAAAGUAAAAUAAAACAACAAAAAAAAAAAACGAACAAACAAAAAAAAAACAAUGUGGGGCAAAAAACACACAAGAACAUAAAAUACAGAAAAUAAAGUGAUGUCUUUGUAAAAUGGAGCUGAUUGCUGAGUGAUAUUUGCAUCUACAUAUGCUCUGAUAUUGUGUUACUGAGAUGGGGUGAGAUGUGGGAAAUCAAUAAAUUGUGCGGUUUGACACAGAAA